AUGACAGCACCAUUACAUCCGUGGGUGAACCCAGGGCGCCCACGGGCUCGACUACAUCUUGAUUUUGCCGGUCCUUUUAUGGGAAAAUGGUUUCUAAUCCUCGUAGAUGCCUUCUCUAAAUCGCUAGAAGUACACCCAAUGCAUGCCGCAACAACAAGGGCGACCGUUAAAAUCCUGCAAAACAUGUUCGCGACACAUGGAAUUCCACAUGUGAUGGUCACCGAUAAUGGGUGUGUCUUUACCAGCGUGGGAUUUGGUGACUUUAUGAGAGGCAAUAGAAUCACACAUGUGACAUCUGCCCCUUACCACCCGGCUACUUAUGGGCUAGCGGAGAGAGCAGUCCAGACAUUUAAGGGAGCCAUGAAAAAGAUGGAGACGGAGUAUAGCUCUCUAGAGAGUAAGGUAGAUCGGUUCCUGUUUCGGUAUCGCCUGACGCCGCAUGCCACAACAGGGGAACCACCCGCCGUUUUGUUCAUGGGGAGGAGACCUCGCAGUCGGCUAGACCUCAUGCAUCCCGACUUAGCCUAG